AGCGGAUCCUCAGACAGAUUUAUGAUUGAAAAACAGCAAGAAGAAGCAGAAUGGGAAAGCAUCAAUUUACUGCUGCAGACACAUGGCUUAAACCCUCUGACCAUUGUCAGGAGAGCAGACCUCAAAGAUCUUAUCAUUUUUGACAAACAGUCAUCACAAAGCAUGAGAGCGAACUUUAAAACACUGAUGGGAGACACAGCACGCCAACAGAACGUGAUCCAGGAGCUCAUAGAAGCGAAUCAGCAGCUUAAAAAUGACCUUCAGCUGGAACAAAAGCGUGCGGCUGAUCAGGAGGAGCGAGCUAAUGAUUUGGAACAAAUUAUGGAGAGUGUGAAAACCAAAAUUGGUGAACUGGAGGAUGAGUCCCUAAACAGGGUUUGCCAGGAACAAAGUAAAAUACAGUGUCUUCAAAAGGAGCACACAGCUUUACAGGCAAAAUGCCAGCAUUAUAAGAAAAAGCGAAUGGAGCAGCAAGAGACUAUUGCUUCUUUGCAAAAGACUAUCUAUCGAUUAACAAAAGAUGAAGAAGAGCGCAUUGUCACUCAAAACAAAGUAUUUGCCUACCUCUGUAAAAGGGUUCCUCACAGUAUUUUGGAUAGACAGUUGCUUUCCUUGAUUGAUUAUUAUGAAUCUAAAAUCAGAAAAAUCCAACAACAAAGACCAUGUAAAGACGACGAAAGUCAGUCGGAAGAAGAAAAAGACUACAGAAGCCUGGAUGCCUCACCAAAUUAUAAAGGCCUUCUAAUGUCUUUACAAACUCAACUUCAGGAAUCAAAAGCCAAGAUUGACGUACUUUUAAGUGAAAAGCUGAGCCUCCAAAAAGAUUUAGAAAGCAGGCCCACACAGCAUGAAUUAAGACUGUAUAAACAACAAGUGAAGAAAUUGGAGAAAGCCGUUAAGAAGAACAUGAAAUUACGGGAGCUGAUCAGCCAAAAAAAGUCUGAGGACUCAGAAAAGAAGGACGAUGACCCCAGCAAGGAUAACCCGCAAAAGGCCCUGGCUGACCACAGAUACUUUCAGGUCCUCUGUAGCAUCAAUUCAAUUGCUCACAAUCCAAGAGUUCCAGUAAUAAUUUAUAAACAGAGCAAAGGAGGAGCUCAACAGUUAAAUAAUGAUUUUGUUCAAGACUGCGGCUUUGAACAUCUUGUGCCUAUUAUAGAAAUGUGGGCGGAUCAGCUGACCUCCCUGAAGGAUUUGUAUAAAUCCUUGAAAAUACUCUCUGCAGAACUGAUACCUUGGCAUAAUUUAAUGAAGCAGGGUGAAAACGAAAGUAUCAAAGUUGAAGAUCUGUUGUUUAUCGUAGACACCAUGUUGGAAGAAAUUGAAAACAAACGAAAGGACAACAACAUGCCAAACUUUGAGACCUUACAAGCUAUUGUUUCUCACUUCCAAAAACUGUUUGAUGUGCCUUCCUUGAACGGAGUCUAUCCUCGGAUGAACGAACUUUACACGAGGCUUGGGGAGAUGAGCAACGCCGUGAGGAACAUUCGAGAACUUUUAGAACUAGACAGUUCUGCUUCUUUGUAUGUGCUCGUAAGCACAGUUGGAAAAUUGUGUCGUUUGGUUGAUAAGGGUGUGAGUGAUCAGGUGAAGCAGGUACUGGGACCUGAAGACCUCCAGAGCAUUAUCAGCAAAUUAGAAGAACAUGAUGAAUUUUUCCCAGCCUUUCAGGCAUUCACUAAUGAUCUGCUUAAAAUCUUAGAAAUUGAUGACGUGGAUGCCAUUAUACCUGCAGUAAAGAAAUUAAAAGUACUUUCAUACUGA